AUGAAGCGCUCCCGAAAAAUGCUUGCGAGUGUUUUCGAAGAUAAAAAGGAAGAUGAUAAUAUAAAAUCGGACGGCACAGGCACAAAUCAAAAGAUUUUACCUCCUGGUAAGAAAAUCAAAGUUUUAAAUAAUAUAAAGAUUCCAUCGCAUUCAGUUACAGCUACAUCACCUGGGCCACAUUUUCAGCAGUCAAUUACAAAUAAAAAUAUUAAUCAAAAAAAUACAUAUGAAAGUCCCUCGACUAGUAAUACAUAUACAGUAUUACACAAUGUCUCUUUUUCUGGAUGUUCCAGUGAAGCUGGCUCACUUAGUGACUUAUCUUAUAAUAAUUUAUUAAAUGUUGAUUGCAAGCUGACACCAGAAUCUAUAAAAGAAUUAUUAUCUACACCAAAGUCAAAUAAACAGAAAAAAAUUGAUACAGAUCAUAUUCAUCAUACAUAUAUGAAUAGUAAUCCUAAACAAAAAACCCUGGAGAUUAAUAACAAUAAGACAUGCACAAUAACGUCCAAAUAUUUGAUUAAAAAAUGUAGCAAUGCAGUUAAUACCUCGCAAGCAAUAGAUUUAUCAUUACCGGAUACUAGUUCAAACUAUUGCGCGACGGAUGCAAUAGCUCGUCAUCCAGAGACUAAUCAGAUUGUAAAUGAAAACCCACAUAAUUAUAGCGACAUAAGUACAGACAGUGACAGAAAUUAUGAGCCUUCUAGUUCUGAAAGUUCUUCAAGUGAUACAGAGACGGUAUCUAUGAUUGGUGAUGAAAAUACAGUCAGUAUUAAGAGUCCGUUGACUACGCCACAAGAUAGCGAAUGGGUAGAUAUUACCUCUUCGAUGCCAAAUAUUGGUCAUUUUAAAAAUGAAACUGUAAUAAAUAUUCCACCCAAUGUGACAUCACCAUUUCAAAUCUAUAAGCUAUUUGUUACUGAUGACAUUAUACAUAAAAUGGUAGCAGAGACAAAUUAUUAUGCAAAUAAUGUUUGUAAUGAUGAAAAUGUCAAAAAUAAGUCUAGACUGAAAAAGUGGGUAGACACAAGUUUUGAGGAAAUGUGCACUUUUAUGGGUAUCUUAAUGACAAUGGGAGUGGUGAAACUACCAAGCCUAUGUAACUAUUGGUCAAAAAAGACAUGUUAUAAAAAUGAAUACAUUCAAUCAUUAAUGACGCGAGAUAGAUUUAUAUUGCUAUUGAAAUGCUGGCAUUUCAGUAAUGAUGCAAUUGAUCCAACGGACAAAUUAUGCAAAGUUCGUGAUGUUUUGAAUAUGAUUUUGAGCAAAUUUAAUGAAGUUUUAACACCCGGCCAGUAUUUAGUAAUUGACGAAUCUAUGAUUCCGUGGCGUGGACGACUGAAAUUCCGACAAUAUAUAAAAAAUAAAAGCCAUAAAUACGGAAUAAAAUUAUAUAAAUUAUGUACACCUGAAGGGUAUACAUGGUCCAUGAUUGUUUAUACAGGUAAAAAUGAUAGACCUGGAAACCAGCCACAUGGCCAUGAUAUCGUCCUAAGAUUAAUAAAAGACUUAGGUGGAAGCGGUAGAACUAUUAUAGCUGAUAAUUUCUAUACCUCAUUGGGUUUGGCAGAAGACCUUUUAAAGAAAAAAACAGAACUGUGUGGAACAAUCAGAAUAAAUAGAAGAGGUCUUCCUAAAAAUGUUAUAUCGACUAAACUGAAGAGAGGUCAGUGUAUUGGCAAAAUGAACAAAAACGGAGUUAAAAUAAUCAAAUGGCAUGAUAAACGGACUGUUACGAUGAUAACAACUUGUAAGAAUCAUGUUGCAGCUGUAAAAGAGAUAGGCCAAAAGAAAAGAAAUGGUGAGCGAAUUUACAAGCCAGAGUGUAUAUCUUUAUAUAAUUUGCAUAAGAAAGGAGUCGAUUAUAGCGACCAAAUGACAGCAUAUUAUUCGUCAUUAAGAAGGGGCAUCAAAUGGUACCGAAAACUUAUGAUGAGUUUUCUUUUCGGUACGUGUGUUGUUAAUGCGUGGAUAAUUCAUAAUAAUAUAUCUAAGAAAAAAGAAACAUUGAUAGAUUUUGUUGAAUCUAUUAUACAAAACAUCACUGGAUGUACAUUCCACGACGAUAUUAAGUCUUCAGAAAAAAAGAAGUACCAUAGCUUAGAAAAAAUUGCAAAAAGAAAACAAUGCACACUUUGCUAUCAGGAAUUACGUAAAACAAUGACUAGCCGGGAAGCUGAUAAAAAGGUGCCAAAAGUUAAAUUGAUGUGUGUUGAGUGUAAGAAAGUUUUUUGUCUUGCCUGUUUUAAUAAAGCUCAUGAAAAUAUUGUUAAUUAA